AUGCUUCCGGAACCGCUCGCUGCCCUGGACUGUGCAGCGUAUCUCUUCUCCCCGGAUCCUGAUGUGCAGGGCCACGAGUGGGGUAGUGAGCGGUUCAGAAAACAAAUGCAGAGACAGUCCAAAGCCACGCUGGGCUACCAGAAGAUUAAUAUCCAGCAGUGGCGCCACAUCGCCGAGGCGGCCUCGUACCGUUACAUGCGCGAGUACGCCUUUGCCCCAGGCCCGGAGGACGAUGGGGGGGACCAUGAUGAGCCCAGCUACGCCCCUGAUCCCUUUUAG